AUGGCUCCAAGAGGUCCUCGUAAGCAACACCAACGUGGUGAGGAGGUCCAUGUUGUUGGUGACGCCAACAAUCAUGCAUUCAAAGCUCAAGCGGUCAACAGCAGAAAGAGACCAAUCAAGCCUCAACCUUCAGCUGAUAAAGAUACAAUUGCAAUUGAUUCUGAUGAUGAGCCACGCAAAAAAGCUCGUCCAGAUCCUCGUUCAUCAGCAGCGAAGCUCCGUGCGCCUAAGCAAGACGAAAGACCAACCGAGUCCAGUGAGGAAGAAGUCGGCAGCUCCCCAGAAGUCAUUGCACGCCCAAACUUACCUCCAACAAAACUUUUGCAGCCAUUCGCAGAUAAAGAUGCUGAUGAUGCACUCAAAUAUAUUGAGGCGUGCCUCAUCUUGGGACUCACAAUGUACAAGAACCCGCCCCAGGCGAUCGCCAGUAGAGCUAUCUGCACAUUUGACGCAAACAGACAUCCACUUCCUACCAAUAGUACAUGCCACACUCGUGAUUCGUCGUUAUUUUUGCCACAAUAUGAUGGCUCAUUUGACGAUGUCGGAAUGGGGAAUAUGGCUGGUGGCCCUGAAGCAGCUGUUCAUCUUGAUACCCGAAGUUCCAUUUCAUUCCUUGGUACUCUUCAGCCAUCUUUUCAACCAUCUCUUCAGAACCAAGCCAACGCACAUCAAGAGAAAGGAGAUAGCAUUAAGCUAGGGGAAGGUACAGCCACUCAGUUGGGCGGUGUCGAUCCUACUCCCCAAACACAAAAGGUUAUGGGGGAGCAGGUUGUUACACCACCUUCAAGCCCCACCAAAGUAGGAGCUGGAACUGAAACGGUCCAUAUGAUUUCUGAAAACCCCCAAGUCCAUCUAAGCUCUAAGAUUUCUCCUGAAGGAGAUACCAUCGCGCCACUUGAGAAUCCAAUGAAAGCAGUGAUUGAGCCCGAGAGAGGGAUGUUCUCAGAAAACCUUUCAAUUGCACGAAGCUCGACAGAAAGACAAUUUGAGAUAGAGAUUGGAAAUGCAAAUGACAAGAUUGAUGAACAGUGUCAGCCAAAACUCCAGCCUAACCAGCUUCCAUCAAGUCAUCAAGUCCUUCCUGAAGAACAACUUCAGACUACUGUCUUUUCGGGAAACACAAUAGGGGCGGAAAUCAAGGUUGAGCAAAACCAGCAAGUAACGGACCCAAUGUCAAAAGUACUUCCAAGCAUUAGAACCUCGCCUGAAAACCAGAUUGAGGUUUCCCUUGAUGAAACUUUGAUGGUAGAAGAGCCACAACAAGGCAACAAUCAAACUAUACAAGUUCCUGGUGCUCACGUUUCCCCUGCCAGACAAACUGAAGCUCCUGCCGAUCCGAGUUUGACAAUCGAAGGACCGAAGCAGGCACCAAGAAUCUUUCCACAAAUGUCUCUCGGUGCUCAAGAGUUGUCGGAAAGAGAGGCUGAGGCUCGUGUGAAUGGCAAAUCAAUGGCUGAGGGAGAGCAACAACCCAAGCUUGAUCAGAUUAUGAACGAAUCGUCUUCUAAAAAUCAUUCUGCUCUUAAGACCGUACUCCCUACCACGGAGAAGCCAAACAAUAAUACGCAAAACCAGGGCCCACUAGUACAACAAGCUACAACACUACAUUCGGAUGUCCUCGAGGCAUACCACUCCCUCUUCCUCUGCUACUACAAUUGCCCUCCAACGAUCUCUACGACGGAUGUGUCAAAUGCGACGAGACAGUCCAACCUAUUGAUCAAGCUCGCUACACUCUACGGCUCGUUGAAGAUUGUUAGACCUCAUAUAAUUGCCUCCCUCCUUUCUCAAGGCCGCAAUCUAUACUCAGCCAUUCGUCAAGACCCUCCUCGUUUUCUGAUUUUGGCAGACAAGCUACAAUGCACCACCAUCUUCAAGGAAGCCCUUGUCCACAUAGUUGGACAAUUACCUUCCUGGCCAUGGCCCACACCACAAGAUCGGAUUGAUGUUGCACUCAGCAGAUGUAUCAACAAGAAAACCCAGGAACUUCGAGACAAGAAACACAAAGUCGCUGGCGCUCUUUUCCGAAGCUGUCUCGUAAAGGAUGGCGUGAGAGUUAGUAUCAAUAACUUGGACAAGAAGACCUUUGAUUUGUGGGUUAUGGUACAAAUCUGGCACGAUUGGUUCUCUCAACAGUUACAUAGAUGCGCUCAUGCUCGAAUUCACGAAUAUGCGAGCGUGGAGAAGAACAUGUAUAAGUUGCUGGCUCAAGGAGGCGAUGCUUAUCUCAAGAUCGAUGAUGUUAUGUCAAUGGUUGAACAAUUCAAAGCCGUAUCCGAGUCCAGAGAGUGGGGACAUUGGGAAAAGGACGAAGUUGAGUUGCAGCUGAAUAUCAUGAAGGAAUAUGCUGCGAAGAAGGUAAAGGGUUUCAUGGUAAAUGAGUUGAUGGGUGAUAACAGCGGAGUUAAUGGCGAACUCGCAUAUCUCACUUGCACCAAGGUCGAUGAUUAUGAGUUGCCCUGGACUGAAAGCCAGAUUAUAGAAGACUAG